AUGGCACAACCAUUUGAAGACUGGUACCGUCAUAUACCAAUUGUGACUAGAAUGUACAUGACUGGCUGUGUUGUGACAUCGGUGUUUGUAUACUUGGACGUGAUCAAUCCAUUGGACCUCUAUCUCAACUACCCACUGAUAGCCAAUCGUUGGGAAGUAUGGAGAUUGAUAACAAACUUCCUCUUCUUUGAAGAGAUUGGUCUAAACUUCUUAUUCCAUAUGUUCUUUAUAGUAAGACACAGUAGAAUGUUGGAGGAGGGAUCAUUUAGAGGUAGAUCAGCAGACUAUUUCUUUAUGUGGCUAUUUGGAGCAACCUUAUUGUUGCUCAUCAAUGCAGUAAUGUACUAUAGCAAGAUUUAUACAAAGAUGGUGUUCAUGGCAUCAUCACUGUCGUUUAUGGUUGUAUAUGUGUGGAGUGUCAGGAAUCCAAACAUGCACAUCAGUUUCCUUGGCAUAUUCACAUUCAAGGCACCAAUGCUGCCUUGGGUGAUAUUGGGCUUCAGUUAUCUCUUCAAACAGAGUCUGAUCUUUGAUGGCAUGGGCAUCCUAGUAGGUCACAUCUACUACUACCUGGAAGACAUCUAUCCUGCCAUCUCACAUCGACGUCUCCUACAGACACCAGCUUUCAUUAAAUACCUCUUUGAACAUCCACCUGUUGCAGAACAACCUGGACUAUAUGCACAAGCACCUGAUCCAGCAGCAGCAGCGGCAGCAGCAGUUGCAGCUCAUUUUGUCCCACCCGAGGGCGCUGCAAAUUAA